CUAUUGCCUAUCAGAAGAUCAGAUACUGUUAUCAGAGAAACUCUGAGUUCUAGAGAAGCGCUGUGGAGAUGACAAGUGCUUGGUCAUGCUUGGGGUCGUUCUAUAUAUUAGUGUUUGAAAAUGGAAAGGCCACAUCCUUAUACGCUUAGUGCCUACUUCUGUGGAAACACUGAUUGGGUAAGGAGCGUGCCCCAAGGUUAAACCCCAACUUUACUGGAACCUGUCUCUUCCAGAAAAUCUCAACAAAUGGCCUUUUCCCUAUCAGCUUCAAAAAUCAACCAAAACGGUUAUUUCCCUGUAGAGAGAGACCAUAAAAUGGGAGAAGAGUGGUCCAGAGCCACUUCAGGGCUCUCUGAGCACAUCACGAUGAAGACCCAUCUCUACCUUCUUCUGCUGGCUGCAAGCAUCUCUGCUGCUCCCUACAUGAGCAGCACGGCUGAAUUACUGACGCUAUUGCAGCAAAUGAGAGAGUCAAUGGCCAAGGAGAGUCAGGUAUGUUCAAUGUCCAUGAUUGUCAUCACUUACUGUGGUCGAUGGUUACCAACCCUUGUAUCUCACUCAGCUUUGCUGUUUCUUCCAUCUCAGGAUGUGAACUGCAUCAGCGUCAUCUUUGAAGGAGCAGAACAGCUGAAAAUGGAUCCAGCCAUGAAGAAGUUCAGUGGGUUUUUCCAGAAGUUUGAAAGGCUGAAGCAGUCACUCACACCAAGCCUGGGAAGAGAGGUAGGAACUUGCUUCUUGUCCCCUUCCCUUGUUCUAUUUCAGGAGGAAUGUGAUACAGAAAGGAAGAGCGCAACAGCGUUCAUGAGGGAGCUGAUGACGUUCAUCCGAAAAGCAGCAUUAAGAAAUGCAAGAGCAUAGAAUGACGGGUUUCUAGAAUUGCUGUAGAUUUAGACAAGCAGUCAGAUGGUUAUUUGGUUUAAAAGCACUCCUCCUUCGUGUUAAAAUGAGGCAGAGCAUGCCUUUGGUUUCAGUGGUGCUGUGCUGGUUGGUGUUUAGCGUGUAAUCUCCAAAAGCAUCGAUGGCAAAGUGUCAUUUGUAUUUCUAGAUGGAAAUCUAAAUGCUUGAUAAAGCAGAUUGUGCAGGGGGUAUGGAAGGACCUAGGCACAAACCCUUCGGGUUUCUCAUGAAGAGGUCACGUUCAUCUCUGAACAGUCACAAGGCUAAUGAAUACAGAUGAUACCUUGGUGGAUGCUUUGCACUCUGCCCAAAAUCUUCCCCAAGCACUGGUUUCACUCUACCUGCAGUUCUGGUGGAGCAGUGGAAACCCAGCAGCUAAAGAUCUGUGAGGAUGGGAGUGCGUGCCACUUACUGAGAGAAUUAAUGGGUCUUCUAAAGCUGACAAUAACUAUAGGAGUGCUUAGAGAAAUAUGAAUUUAUUUUUAUGGUGUUAUUUAAAUUAUAGUAAAUUUUAUAGAUAUAUAUUUUUGAGAAAAUAUUUAUUCUGUUUUUUUACUAAUUUUAAUAAAGUGAAUAAAUGUCUCUGCCUUUUCUUUUCUUCCCACGAAUUUCUUCCAAGCUAUUCCCACACUUAAGCAAAUCUAGUUAUUGUAAAAUCUCUGAUGGUCAAAGGAAUGAGAUCCUUGAGGUGAGAAGUGUCUUGCUGGAAGCUCAUUCCAAUGAGG